AUGGCACUGCACGGAUUGCUCAGACAGACCACAAAGGAGGAGCACCCGAGACCAUACUCUUCACUGAGCAUUGCCCGGGCCCCAACUCGGGCUACCGAGCAUCAGCCGUCUUCAGCAUGGUCAUCUCGGCCAAAUACCGCCCGGGGGGACGUCUCUCGGCAGAGCCAUCGCGAGGGCUACAACCUGGAAAGUCAGCCGGUAGCUCGGCCACUGCGCUUGGAAAAUGCCAGUGCGGAUCUCAUCAAAGACUUGGAGCGCCUCAGUGGCCGGCGUCCGCGUUGUCAGCUUGCUGAGGAGCUGGUCCACAAAGCGAAUGACAAGUUGAAUGAGUUUAUGGGCUUUCACAUCUACCUUGCGGAGGACAGGCAGACGAUCGGCACAGAUCUUGAGAGUGAGCCUUCGAAGCAGCUCAAUGCAAAGUUCGUUGAGCUGGUCUCCGACAUCGAAGCGGCCUUGGCAGGGACGGAGGAAGCGACACUCCCUCCCUUGACAGUUCGGCCGAACGGGACCGUCCUUGAGGAGUCUUUGGAGGCAGGCAAGAAGCUCUUUGUGGUGAUCCCUCUGCCAUGCCGGAGAGUGGAGGUGCUAGUGAACUUGACCCGGAUCUCGGGUGAUGUGCACCUUUAUGGCUCAGACAUUGACCAGAGGCCGUCAGCUAGCUCGGAGCUCGAAGAAGAGGGCGGUGAGCUCUGUUACCGUCACGACCCCGACAUCGGAGGCAACGGCAACCGCUCCAGCGGAAUUGUCAGAACAGCGCUGCACCUUUGCAUCCAAGCUGACGAGCAGCAAAAGGCCAGUUUCCGUCUUCGCGUUUUUCAGAAAAGGCUGAUGGACAAUGGGAACCACGGGGUGGCGAGCUUGCAAACCGCAUGCAAACGGGUCGAGCAGAAGCUUGCCGUGAUUCGUAGCGAUGAGAAAAGUCGGAGUAAGUUUGAGGAAAGGUUGAAGGAAGCCAAAGAGCACCUCAGGCAGAAAAGCCCCAGCAGCAGGGACUUCUGUCGAAUCAACCACCUUCGCGCCCGAACCUGGGGAACCGACGGAGCCCGCAGCAAUGGGCCACAGCGCCAGCGCCUAAUGCGGCAGGCGGCAGAGCAGCGCCGGGAGCAGCUGGACUCGAAGAGAGAAGAGAGGAUGCAAUGGUGGCUUGAUCGCCACGAGCUUCGAAGAUUGGAGAAGGAAAAGGAGAUGCAAAGACAACACGAGGCCAUGCUCAUGGAAGAAAGACGGGCGGAGUGGAUGACCAAGUUGGCGAUGGCCAGCUUCGUGAUCGUACUGUUCAAGGUAAAGACUUUGCAAAGCCACGUGAAAAGAGGAAAACGAUCCUCCGGACACGGUCGAAGUUUGAAGCACUUCGUCCGCCAGUCUUCGGACAGAGUCCAAAGCGGACCUCUCACCGUCACCGAUCAUUCAGUGCCAGAGGAGCCAGACGAGAAGCCGGAUCAUCCGGACCCAAGCCCACGUCUCGCAACAGAUUCCGAAAUCAUCAUCGACGAUCUGCAAAGCUGGACGCCUGUUCCCAAAGAGGAGCCUUGUAGGACCAUGCCUGUGGACCUGAGGCUGACAGCAAAAGCAGCGCGAGUUCCCAUCUACGGGUUUCUUUACCUUCGGCGUGAAAAAGUGCUGUACAGCAGUUUUCGUGGCAAGAGCCAUGCACAUUGCACCUUCGAAUGUGACAAGCUUCAGUACCGGCUGUUCUCGGAUGACGGGGACUUUCUGAUGUAUGCACGAGCAAAUCUGGAGGCUCGGCAGGUUUCCUUCUACUUGUACAACCCUUGCGAGAAGGGUGUCAACCUGUACAAUGCAGACAAGCCAGCUUUCUCCAUGACGUGGAACGCAGACAGGACAGAAUGGCGAAUUAUGCAGGAAAGGUGUGAGAACUGCCAGUUUGCACCAAAGCACCAAACCUGCUCUUGUUACGGAAAACAGCAGGUCGCAUGGAUCCGGCAUCACAGGAAGCCUGUUGGUGAUGGCAUCUUCAAUUGCAUGGAGAUUCACGUGCCGGGAUUGUAUUCGGAUGGCAGCAGAGUUGUCUGGUGUCCUCUUCUUGGCAGAGGGGACCUGUCCGUUCCUGUGGAUGAAAACUAUGAGGCUCAGCGAUUGAUCACCAAGCAGCCGUCUUGGAACGACGAAGUCGAGAGCCUUGUGCUGGAUUUCAAGGGCCGGCAUAUCCUUUCUUCUGCGAAGAACUUCCAACUUGCCCUGUCGCAGAAGCCUGAGCACGUCCUUUGCCAGUAUGGCAAGAUUGGUCCCCAGACAUUUAGCUUGGAUUUCAAGUAUCCACUCAGCGUGGUCCAGGCCUUUGGCAUCUCGUUAACGACUCUGUUCUGGACUUGA